CGGAAUACAUGCGUACGGCAUUGCAGGGUACUCGUAGUAGUUGGGUGAUGUAGUUAAGCGGUUAAGCCUUCCUGCUACGACGCCGACUGCCGCUGCAAUGAAUAAACCACGGCAACAAGGACAGUUUGAUCGUGAACGGCAUGUAACGGUGUGUGCUCGUGGUGCUUGACCGACUUGCGCGACCGCUGUGUUGCAUGUCACGGUACGGCAUAACAACGAAGUCGGCGUUCGUCGGCGCCCUAUGAAAGAAUUCUAUUUAGCUUGCCGUCUACCGUUCCAAGUACACGCCAUUGCACGGCUGGCUGGCACCUGUGGCGGAGAAUGCCUGCAUAGCGUUCUGCAAGAACUGCAAGAUCACCUUCACGGCCAAGCUGAGCGACAUCCGGUCUCACUCGACCUCACGCAAGCACCAGAAGGCCAUGCAGGGGCAGCUGCCACGCAAGCGCAUGUCAACAGUCCUCAGGCUCCAGGGUAUCGAGUCACUUGACGUGAGCAACAUAGUCAGCCUUUAUCGGGAGAUAGCCCGUGUGCCAGAGGCACGGGAUGCAUUCGUGCAUUUGGGACAGGAUGGUCAGUCUUUGACUGUGCACACCCUGUGGGAAGUGCGCGAUGUGGAACAAGGGGAACAGGCCCUCUUCUGCCGCCACCACCUGGGCCUGUUCGACGAGCAGAACAAGCUCAGCUUCCAGGCCGUCGGUCAUCCCCAGGAAUGUUCGUCGGAAAUCUUAACAGCAUUCUCUCAAUCUGGAUCCUACAAGGCAGUCCUGAGGAAAGUCACUAAGAAAGGAGAAACCAAACAGAUGAUGGAGUUUUGGGACCAGAACAUGAAGUUGGACUCGGUCGACUUGGAAGCUGUGAAUGCUCACGGCAAGGUCCACGAAAGUGGAACAUUCAGCAGCUUCUCCUGGUCUAACAGCGAGAACCAGCUGCUCUACGUCGCUGAGAAAAAGCAGCCCAAGCGAGCAUCCUACUUCUGCCGCACUGAAAAAGAAGAAGUUGAAAAGGGUACAGAGUUCCUGCACAGAGACAGCUGGGGGGAGUGUCACAUGGAACACUACCAGCCCGUGCUGUGCACCAUCAAUGUGUACAGCAGCGCCAUCAACGUGCUUGACAACAUGCCCGAGGACAUCUCGCCGGGACAGGCUGUGUGGGCUCCCGAGGACGUGGGUGUCCUCUUUGUCGGCUGGGAAGGCCACCCAUGGAAGUUGGGACUUGUAUACACAAACAACCGCAGGUCUCGCUUGUAUUACUACGAGUUCGAGACAAACAGUUAUGCCACCAUUGGUGACACAAACAAGAGCAUCUGCUCGCCACGGUUUAGUCCGGAUGGAAACACGCUUGUGUACCUGCAGUCGGAGUUUGGAGGUCCUCACUUUCAAGCCUGCCAGCUGGUCAAGUGCUGUUGGGAGACCAAGCAGACUUUAAUUAUAAUUGACAGGAUCAAUACACCAGUAGGCAAUGAGUUCCCUGGGCUCUACCUAAAUGCACUCCCACAGAAUUGCUUCACUGGCGACGGAAAUACUGUCGUGCUUUCCACUUGCUGGCACAGCAAAUGGGAGGUUAUCGGUGUCAACCUCAAUUUUGGCAGUAUCACGAAGCUCAGCAAAGACGAAACCGUAGGCUGCUGGCAAGUUCUGACCGUCAAGGAGAACUUCAUUGUCGCCUGCAUCUCUGCUCUCAAUUCAACGCCUCAUGUGGUUGUAGGCACGUUCACGGAAACCAAUGACGUGAGAUCGUGGACAGCCAUUGAGCCCGACGACAACAAGGUGUCCGGCAUUAGCUGGUACAUCCUGCAGUUCUCGCCGCCAGAUGAGUCAAAUAUGAUCUUCGAAGCCACCCUAGUGACGCCAAAGAAUGAGACCGACCUUCCCCUCAUAGUGUGGCCCCAUGGUGGACCGCACAGCUCAUUCCAUGCUGGCUUCCAGCUGUACCCCAUCCUCUUUGUCAAGUGUGGAUUUGCUGUGCUCCUUGUGAAUUACAGAGGUUCCAGGGGUUUUGGAGAGGACAACCUCAAAUCACUGGUGGGGAAGAUUGGUCAGCAAGACGUAUUUGAUGUUCAGUGUGCAGCCGAAGUAGCAGCUCAGCGAGACGAGAUCAACCCGGACAAGAUGAUUAUAUUUGGUGGUUCUCAUGGAGGAUUUUUGGCUUGCCAUGCUAUUGGCCAGUUCCCGAGCUUUUAUAGAGCAUGUGCAGUUCGGAACCCUGUCGUGGACCUUUCAUCCAUGGAUGGAACUGACAUUCCCGACUGGCGUUGCGUGGAGAGUGGCGUGAUUCAAGACUACUCGACAAGCUGCGUGCCAGAGCCCAAGGAUCUAGAACAGAUGUGGAACAAGUCACCCAUGAAGUUUGUCAAAAACGUGCGUGUGCCAACCUUGUUCUUGCUGGGCAAAAAUGACGUACGGGUGCCGAUGACGCAAGGCAUGAAGUUCUACAAAACUCUUCUUGCCCAGGGAGUCAGUUCACAGAUGUACACAUAUGAUGACAACCAUGCAUUAUCCAAAGUCAACGUUGAAGCAGACAUGUUUGUCAAUAUUGUCCUUUGGUUCAAGAGAUUCAUGAACUGAGUUGGGACUCGUCAGCGAAAAGUGCCUGCCGAGAGAAGCACCUACUAUGCGGCAUUUUAAGAAUAAUUGCUGUAAUUAAUUCUGAGUGUCAGAACAUGAGCUUGUAGAAUCGUAAAAAGGCUACAGCACAUUUUCUUUUUAUAUGUUCACGCCGGCACAAUGUUAAUGCUGCAAGAUAUGAAUCUGUUUCCAUAAAAAUGACUGUGUUACACGUGUACAUUACGGAAAUAACACUCUCAAAAGUUGGAAUAUUGCUGUUGUGUGUGCUGUGUCACUUGACUCGCCAGAUAUGCAUAUUAGCUUUGGUGAUAAUGAAAACUGCUACAACAUGUGUAUGUGUAACUGGUCAGAUGUACGCAAGGUGGCAAAA